GACUUAUUACUUUGAGCCGUUCUUUGACUUACGCUUAUUAUGUAUUUAGUUCUCUGUGAAUAAUUGUAAACAAGGUAUCAAUACCUCGUUAGCUAAAUCAAAAACAACAGUAAAUAAUCGUUUGAAUAUAUAUUUACGUUGAAAAAUGGCUACUAUGGCAGGCUCGACAUGGGAAGAUGUGAGGAAACAAGCUCGCUUGCUAGAAAAUGAUAUAGAUGUUAAGUUAGUGGCGUUUAGUAAACUUGGAAUGAGUUCAACAUCUUCCAGCCUUAGUCCUGAGACUGCACCACUCAUUAACAGUGAUGAUAUGUUCGAUACCAUGUCCAUGGAACUGCAGCAGCUUUUAAAUAAGUUAUCAAGUAUAAACGACAGAAUGGCAGACUUGGCCCCGAGUGGAACGGCUACAUUACACACUAUCAAGAGACACAGAGAAAUUCUUAUGGACUACCAGCAAGAGUUCCAGAAGACGUCGGUGCGCGUGUCGGCGCGGCGCGAGCGCGAGGAGCUGCUGCGCGGCGCCAGCCCGCCGCCCGCCGCCGGCCUCAGCCGCCGCGACCAGUACUCCAAGGAGGCCAACCACCUGCACAGUUCCCACAUUCUGGUCGACGAGCAAAUCAACAUAGCGAUGGAGGCGCGCGAACACCUCACUUCGCAGCGACAGGCGUUCAAAAGGAUGCAGACGAGAUUUAACGACAUCACAAAUAGGUUCCCGAUGUUGAACAGCCUCAUAUACAGAAUAAACGCCCGCAAGCGACGAGACUCGCUCAUCAUCGGCAUCGUGGUCGCCGUUUGUACGUUCCUCCUACUUCUGUAUGCAUUCCAUUGAAUAUAUAUACGCAUACGACAUACUUUGUGGAAAUAUAAGUAUCGCUCUAACAUUUUCUAUCCCCAAGUCCCGCUAGUCCGAACUCGAUAGGAAUGUCGUGUGGACCGUCCGAACCGAAUAAGUCCGUACUACGGUACUCCUACUGACACAGAGUUUAGUAUUCAACGGAGGCGGCAAGAAAAUAUCUAUCGUGAUCUUGAUCGUUUUAUCUAUCUAUUUAUUUUGUUUCAAACGCAACUCUGUAUUAAAAAUAAAUUAACGAUUUGCAUAUUUACAAUUUACGUUCCAUAAACAAUGCAGAAACUUACUUUACAAAUGCCAAAAACACACGAAAAACUUAGAUCAAUUGUAUUCGCGUAAACCGGAUGUCUGGACAUAUAUAUUGUGACGUAAAAUAUUGUAAACGUUAAGUUGUACGCAUUUCAAGGUCACGGUCGGCCCGCGAGCGGCAUGCGGCGUCUCGCUCGCACGUAUCGGCGGACUGGGCCGACCGUAAGAGAUGGAAAUAAACCACUUUGACAUUUAAUUAACGCAAUAUCAUUCAAUAUCAUAGUGAAUUAUCUAUGGUAUUUAUUAUGGAUUCGUAGAAAAAUGAAGAUCUUGCUCUAUGCUCGUACGAUUACCUUUAUGGUACAAAAUUCGUCUUGAUUUGGAUUUCGAUUUUAAAGCUGUCUGCUGCUACAUAUAUUGUUUCGAAACAUACUUAUAUUUUCACUGAAUCUAAGAAAGACAUUUUUCUUGUAUAUUGUUGAAGUCUUUAAUAUAAAUCCUCACGUUGUACUCAUAAAAUUUUCACGAUAUAAUGUUAUCCUUCAUGUACUUUAUUCGGGUUUAAGCCGCGAUGGCAGUCGUAACGCUAUCGAAACAACGAACUAACUAAGUAGGUAUAUACCUAUACGCUGACUUUAUGUCAUUAUAAAUUGACACUUCAAUGAUUCCGAUAAGAUUUAUCGUUUGAAAAUUUGACUGCCUUCGUAAAGUGUU